ACUGUGCUGGGUGCUGUGGGACGGGACCCGUUCAGGCGGGGUUAAAAGUUAAAGGCUCUCUUCUUUCUUCUCUACAAGAAUGAAACUCUACAGAAUGUCUUCAUCUUAACGGAAAACUCAAACGACUCGCUGUUUUUUGGAUAUCACAGGAACAGCACAACGGACAACAUCGUAGAUAUGGUCUUUUGACCAUUAAGUACAGCAGGCCUCAGGAAACACCGGUGUGGUUUGCACCGUACCCUGCUGCAACAGGAAUGAUUACCUACCGUACAAAUGGUUAUAUACAAGACGCCUCAGCUCCGGCUGUGAGGAACAGGGAGAGGGCUGUGGACUGCCCAGGGCAGGAAGGUAGCCCCCUGAAAUCCCCACACUGCAGCACCAAAAUGGAGAGAAUCCAGCAUUACCAGGAAGAGCUGAGAAAGCGUAGGGAGGAGGACAGCAAGGGGAAGCAUAAUAUUGAUGCGAAUACUUCACUGAGACUUAAGAAACUGUCUCAGAACCCAAAGAUCGGCAUUGACAAUCCCACUUUUGUGGGGAAGGAGAAGACCACCAAAGAAGUGACCUGCCUGCUUCCUGUUGUUGCUGAGCGCGGCAGCACACCGCAGGACGAGGGCCAGGAUCUGCACAUCCAGAAAAAGAAACUCCAGCAGCUUAUAGCAGCAUGGGCUGAGGUGCAGCUCUGCUUAUGGGGGAGGGGCGAGUGCGUCACCUUGUUAUUUGUUCAGGUUCAGAGGAUCCUCCAGACAAGCCAACAAAAGGAGGGUUUGGAGCUCAGCGCGCUGCUCACCAAUCCCCAUCUCCAGGCACUGAUGCAGGCUCAUGACAGUGUCGCCGUACAGGAAAUCCCAGAGGAAAGUGUGACCCAGUACCUCGGAGAGACGGUUAAAUUAGUGCGGCUCCAGAAGGCCAGAGACACCCCUCUGGGUGCAACAGUGCGUAAUGACAUGGACAAUGUGGUGGUGAGUCGUGUGGUGAAAGGCGGCGCGGCAGAACGGAGCGGACUCCUCAGUGAGGGAGAUGAGAUCCUGGAAAUCAACGGGAUUCCUAUCCGUGGAAAACACAUAAACGAAGUUCACGAUUUAAUGCAAGAAAUGCAAGGAACUCUAACCUUCCUCCUCAUCCCGAGCUCUCAUAAUAAACCUGCUCCUCACAGGCAAAGUGUGAUGCAUGUGCGAGCUUACUUUGACUAUGAUCCCUCUGAUGACCCCUUCGUGCCAUGUAGGGAGCUGGGUCUUUCCUUCCACAAAGGAGAUAUACUCCAUGUUAUUAGCCAGGAUGACCCCAACUGGUGGCAGGCCUACAGAGAUGGAGACGAGGACAACCAGCCUCUGGCUGGCCUCAUUCCUGGUAAAAGUUUCCAACAACAGAGAGAGAGCCUAAAGAAAACUGUACCAGACAGAAGUCGGGAGCAGCAAGGGAAGAUUUGGUGUUCAAAGAAAAGCAGGAAACUAAGAAGAAGGAACACAUCAGCAUUGAACAGAAACACUGACUACGAUGACAUCUUGACCUAUGAGGAAAUGUCACUCUACCACCAGCCUGCUAAUCGUAAACGACCCGUAGCUCUGGUUGGUCCGGCGAACAGCGGCCAUGACGAGUUGCGGCGUAGACUUUUGUCCAUAGAGCCAGAGAAGUUUGCCGUAGCUGUUCCACACACAACCAGAAACCCGAGGAUACAUGAGCGAAAUGGACGUGAAUACCAUUUUGUCAGUCGCUCCACCUUUGAGACAGACUUGGCUGCAGGGAAGUUCAUUGAAUCUGGGGAGUAUGGGAAAAACCUUUAUGGCACAAGCAUAGAAUGUGUCCGACACGUCGUCAACUCUGGUCGCGUCUGUUUGCUCUGCCUUCACACGAGGUCCCUGCAAGUGCUAAGGUCCUCCAACCUUAAACCAUAUGUCAUCUUCAUUGCUCCUCCUUCUCAAGAACAACUACGCACUCUACUGGCCACAGAGGGGAAAACACUAAAGCCGGAGGAGCUGAGGGAGGUCAUUGAAAAAGCCCGUGAGAUGGAGCUAAAUUACAGCCAUUUUUUUGAUGCAACCAUCGUAAACUUUGAUCCAGACCAGACGUUCCAGGAGCUGCAAAGAUUAAUAGAUAAACUGGACACUGAACCGCAGUGGGUGCCGACAUCUUGGCUCUGCUAGAGGGGGCUGUGUGUCAACUCAGAGUCUCAGGGAAUGAGAAGGUAAAUGAAAAGAGACGGACAGUAUUAUGCUCACACUGGAUUUUCCCUUGCACAUUCUCUCUUUUUUGGGGCUUAAUUGUUACUCAGGCGGACAUAAGUGUUGAUCUUUGCUGAUGAUUCUCCUUUCGAUAAUUGUUUGGUCUUAGUUUUAUGCAAAAUAAUGUGUUUUUUCAUAUAGAUAUAUUUCUAUUAUAUUUCUUAUAGUUAUUUAUAAUUGUAAAUAUACAUUUUUAGACAGAGUUUAAAUAUUUUUUUGUCACAGGUGGGUGUGCCACACCAGAAACGGCACAUUUGACAAGUUCUUAAAAAGCGUUCUGAUGAAACUGAAAGCCAAAACAUCUUCAAUGGUCUUAGAAGUAGAUUCAAUAGAUUUUAGAGCAGUCUUCCUUUCAGAGUAAGAAACCUGCUGUAGCUCUCUCAAUAUCAGUAUUGUGUCUCAUACGCCUUGCAAAGUAUUUACACUUUGAGCUUUUUACAAUUUUGUCACAUUACAACCAAAAAAAGUAAAUUAUUUGCAUUUUCUUUGAUAGACCAAUAACAAUGAUUUAAUAACUAUCAAACUGAAGAAAAAUGACACAUAAUUAGUAAAUGUGGUUGCAUCUGCAUCUAGAGCCCCUACCCCAUCCACAUAAUGAUGCUGCCAUAGUUUACCAUAGGGAUGGUGGGUUUAUGGCGCUAUGUAGUGUUAGCUUUCCACAAUGACAGGCAUUCUGGUCUGAUCUGACAAGAGACAUUCAGUCUUCGGAAGCUUUCUAGCAAACCUAAAACAUUGCUUCAUAUUACGAUAAAUAAAAACCCAAUAAAAUACAAAUAUUGUGAUAAAAUGUGAAAAGUUUCAGGAGUAAACAUGCCUUUGCCUGGUAAUGUAUUCUUCAACAACAACUUGAGGUUGGUUGUUAUAUUACCUUUGUAUUGUUGUGUGUUGCUCACUUUGUAAAAGUGUUAAUAAAUUCAG